AUGAGGAAUAUAUACGCUUUUGCCCUGCUGCUCAUUGCAGUCUCUGCAAGCACCACCAGCGGUGCUAGCGUUUCCGGCCAGGGCAAUCUCCUGUGCCGUAACAAGGCCAAUGGCAUUCGGGCUCUGGUGCCCGGCAGUUGCUCCAGGUUCUAUGAGUGCCACAACGGCAUUGCCACGGAAUACUCCUGUCCCAAAUUCUAUGACUUCAAGACCCGCAGCUGCGUGACCUACAACCCUGGAUGCACCGAAGGCGUUGUGGCGGAGCCAGUAGCGCAACAGUCUGACAGCGGUAUCGCUCAGCCAUGCAACGGGCCCGCAACUAUCGCCCCACCAACGAAGCCUCCAUGCUCAGGAACUACUACCACUUGUGCCCCUGUAAUAACCACCACUACCACCACGUGUGCCCCAACAACAACGACAACCACCACCACAACGACAACCACGACCACCACCACCACCACCACGACCACGACCACAACUACAACGACAACGACAACCACUUGUGCCCCAACAACCACGACAACCACAACUACAACUAAGGCUCCAACUACAACUACAACCACAACCACUUGUGCCCCAACAACAACGACAACCACAACCACUGAGGCUCCAACUACAACUACAACCACAACCACUUGUGCCCCAACAACAACGACAACCACCACCACCACAACCACCACCACCACGACUACGACCACAACCACGACAACCACCACGACCACAACCACAACUACAACGACAACGACAACCACUUGUGCCCCAACAACAACGACAACCACAACCACUGAGGCUCCAACUACAACUACAACCACAACCACUUGUGCCCCAACAACAACGACAACCACCACAACCACUACCACCACCACCACGACUACGACCACAACCACCACGACCACAACCACAACCACAACUACAACGACAACCACUUGUGCCCCAACAACAACGACAACCACAACCACUGAGGCUCCAACUACAACUACAACCACAACCACUUGUGCCCCAACAACAACGACAACCACCACAACCACUACCACCACCACCACGACUACGACCACAACCACCACGACCACAACCACAACCACAACUACAACGACAACCACUUGUGCCCCAACAACAACGACAACCACAACCACUGAGGCUCCAACUACAACUACAACCACAACCACUUGUGCCCCAACAACAACGACAACCACCACAACCACUACCACCACGACUACGACCACAACCACGACAACCACCACGACCACAACCACAACUACAACGACAACGACAACCACUUGUGCCCCAACAACAACGACAACCACAACCACUGAGGCUCCAACUACAACUACAACUACAACCACUUGUGCCCCAACAACAACGACAACCACAACCACUACAACCACCACGACUACUACCACAACCACGACAACCACCACGACUACUACCACGACAACCACCACGACCACAACCACAACUACAACGACAACGACAACCACUUGUGCCCCAAUAACAACGACAACCACAACCACUAAAGCUCCAACUACAACUACAACCACAACCACUUGUGCCCCAACAACAACGACAACCACCACAACCACCACCACGACUACGACCACAACCACCACGACCACAACCACAACCACGACCACAACCACAACUACAACGACAACGACAACGACAACGACAACCACUUGUGCCCCAAUAACCACGACAACCACAACCACUGAGGCUCCAACUACAACUACAACCACAACCACUUGUGCCCCAACAACAACGACAACAACCACAACCACGACCACCACCACAACCACAACCACAACUACAACGACUUGCUCAACAACAACGCCAACAACCACAACUUGCUCGUCAACAACGUCAACGACCACGACCACAACCACGACCACCACCACGACCACCACCACAACUACAACGACUUGCUCCACAACAACGCCGACAACCACGACUUGCUCAACAACAACGUCAACAACCACGACCACAACCACGACCACCACCACGACCACCACCACAACUACAACGACUUGCUCAACAACAACGCCGACAACCACGACUUGCUCAACAACAACGCCGACAACCACGACUUGCUCAACAACAACGUCAACAACCACGACCACCACCACGACCACAACCACAACUACAACGACUUGUUCAACAACAACGCCGACAACCACGACUUGCUCAACAACAACGCCGACAACCACGACGUGCUCAACAACAACGCCGACAACCACGACUUGCUCAACAACAACCUCUACUACAACGACCUGCCGAACGACAACAACCGUAUGCCCUGGGUCGGAGACAACAACUGUCUGCCCGACGGUCUCAAAGGCGGUGGCUGCCGCCCACUCGAACCGUAAUCCCGUCCGCCGGAACCCCGUGCACCGUCUACUCUGGGAAGUGGCUCAACUGGCGGGCAUUUCGUCGACUGGAUCCGAGGUUCAGCUUAAGGUUUCCUGCGUCGGUAAGCCCGAUGGAUUCCUAAUGGCUUCGCCCGAGCGGUGCAACGACUACUAUAUCUGUCGCCAUCAACGCGCCCUGAAGGUCAGCUGCGGGGAUAGGUACUUUAACGGACUGAAGGGCAUUUGCGAUCUCCCAGAGAACACCAGCUGUGUCCAGUCCUAA